GGGGGGGUUGGAGUGUUUUUAUUAAUGCCAAGAAUAUGUUUUUGAUGACUCGGUCAUAUGUUUUUGUCUUAAAUAUUAAGGUAACUGUGAUAGUGGUAAAAUGUCUUCAAAUAGCCACAAAUGUUCUAUGUAAGUUUUAAUAAUUUACAAUCUUUAUGAAGAAAUGACCACAAAUACAAAACCUGAUGUGGUGAACUCCUUUGUUUGCUAGGACAUGCAAAUAUGUUUAAUAUAUCUUUUUUUACCCUUUUCCAGCCAAUAAUUUUAAAGUUUAGUAUAUUAAGGUCCAUUCCUAAGUUUGUUUUGAGGAAUAAUUUCGAUUUUCUACUCCUAUUCCUUUUAACACUUCUAACACGACUUACUUUGAUCUGUGCCUCACAUUAGAUCUAUUGCCUGUCUUUUCAGUCAAUGGUUCAAAACACUGACAUUCUAAAUAUGUAAAAUAGCUUCUGUCGGAGUUAUUCCUAAAUGCUUUCAGUGAGAACACUGUUUACCACAUAUUUGCAUCGGUGAAAGUUUACUUCAUUCAAUUUAUAUUUUUAAAGUGCACAACACAAACUGAGAUGUGUACAACAGUGUUAAUAUUAACGUUCUGGGUUCCCUCAAAAAUGUAGUAAAAUAUCAGACCAAUCAAAUAUGUGAGAUAUUUAACCUAAUGUCUGACCUUCUGUGAAUAGAGCACGGGUAGUCUAGUUUGACUUAAUCUGUCAUUAAAAUCGAUCAUUUUGAUAUUAUACCAUAUCUUUCUUUCAUAUCAAGCUUAUUGUGUAUAUGUUAUUAGUCAUGACUUAUUCAGAUCUGAGAUGUAUAUUUCCAAAUGUUUUGUCUUUAAGCAAUGGUAUUUAUGAUUAUUAAUUUGUAGGUUAUUUGCAGGUAAUUGACACUAUCUCUCAUUGGUCAUUGAUUUUUGUUGGACUUUUUCACUGUAGGCUUAAUACUGUGGAUUUUUGAUGUGGUAUUACUUGUGAAUAUUUUGAAAAAGAAUGUCAUUCUCAUUUAAUUUCCCAGCGCAUAAAUCACUAGAAAUAACAUAUAUAUUACAAUCCUUUUAGCGGGUAUGGCCUUUUGCCACUACAUAGUUCAUCUCCCCAUUCAAAACAAUGAAAUUGCAAGUCAAACUGUCCAGAAAUGGAUCGUCUUUGUAAAGAUUUUGGUACAAAAUUCAGCGAAAACUGAAUCGUUAAAAAAUAACUAUAAAGUACUAUGCACAAACCUUCCUGUACAAUGACCAGUGACUGGACGCUGUCUAGUUUUUAUAAAGGCUGUACAACUAAGCUAGGAUGUAGAUUGUGUUGAAUGCCCAAAAAGUUAGACAUAUUUUAAAUAAUGACAAAAAAGUGUUAUUGUUUUUAGGCUGUAUUUUUUUUCACUAAAAUGACUGCGAGAACAGGGUAUGUGCGUGCAGGUUCUACACUGUUCAGAGUAUAAACAUGCAGGUUCUACACUGUUCAGGGUAUUUACAAGCAGGUUCUACACUGUUCAGGGUAUGUGGUGCAGGUUCUACACUGUUCAGGGUAUGUGGUGCAGGUUCUACACUGUUCAGGGUAUGUGGUGCAGGUUCUACACUGUUCAGGGUAUGUGGUGCAGGUUCCACACUGUUCAGGGUAUGUGCGUGCAGGUUCUACACUGUUCAGGGUAUGUGCGUGCAGGUUCCACACUGUUCAGGGUAUGUGCGUGCAGGUUCCACACUGUUCAGGGUAUGUGCGUGCAGGUUCCACACUGUUCAGGGUAUGUGCGUGCAGGUUCUACACUGUUCAGGGUAUUUACAAGCAGGUUCUACACUGUUCAGGGUAUGUGGUGCAGGUUCCACACUGUUCAGGGUAUGUGCGUGCAGGUUCUACACUGUUCAGGGUAUGUACAAGCAGGUUCUACACUGUUCAGGGUAUGUGGUGCAGGUUCCACACUGUUCAGGGUAUAUACAUGCAGGUUCUACACUGUUCAGGGUUUAUAUAUGCAGGUUCUACACUGUUCAGGGUAUGUGCAUGCAGGUUCUUCACUGUUCGGGGUAUUUGCGUGCAGGUUCUACACUGUUCAGGGUAUGUGCGUGCAGGUUCUACACUGUUCAGGGUAUGUGCGUGCAGGUUCUACACUGUUCAGGGUAUGUGCGUGCAGGUUCUACACUGUUCAGGGUAUGUGCGUGCAGGUUCUACACUGUUCAGGGUAUGUGCGUGCAGGUUCUACACUGUUCAGGGUAUGUGUGUGCAGGUUCUACACUGUUCAGGGUAUGUGCGUGCAGGUUCUACACUGUUCAGGGUAUGUGCAUGUAGGUUCUACACUGUUCGGGGUAUUUGCGUGCAGGUUCUACACUGUUCAGGGUAUGUGCGUGCAGGUUCUACACUGUUCAGGGUAUGUGCAUGUGAUUGCUUGUUUGUUAUUCUUCACGUUAUUUGUAUUUUUUGAAAACUAUUGCUUACUCUGUAACUAUGAAUAACUUCUUUAAGACAAUAACCAUUAGAUGUAUUGAAAACAAGAGAGACCGUAACUAUCCUUGGAGAAGGUGUACUGUUGAACCAAAGGGCGCUGGUGUUAAUGUAUUGUUACUCUUCUGUUUUCAUGUAGAUCAGUUGUUACUGUUCAUUAUUAUUUAUUUCAGUGAUGUUAUGCUGGUGACAUGUACAUUGACCACUUGCAAAUAUUGCAUACAUAAUAAAACGAAGAAAUACU